AUGAACCCUGAGUCAUACGACUACCUCUUCAAGCUUCUCCUCAUUGGAGAUUCUGGUGUAGGAAAGUCCUGCUUACUUCUUCGAUUUGCCGAUGAUACCUACACGGAAAGCUACAUCUCCACCAUCGGUGUCGAUUUUAAAAUUCGCACUAUUGAACUCGACGGAAAGACGGUGAAACUCCAGAUUUGGGAUACUGCGGGCCAGGAGCGAUUCAGGACUAUCACGUCGUCUUAUUACCGUGGUGCUCAUGGUAUCUGCGUUGUCUACGACGUCACUGAUAUGGACUCAUUCAACAACGUUAAGCAGUGGCUCCAAGAAAUCGACCGCUAUGCCACCGAGGGUGUCAAUAAGUUGCUUGUGGGCAACAAGAGCGAUAUGGAAGACAAGAAGGUAGUGGAGUACACAGUGGCCAAGGAAUUUGCGGACAGCCUCGGAAUACCGUUUCUGGAGACCUCGGCCAAGAAUGCCUCGAAUGUCGAGCAAGCUUUUUUGACAAUGGCUAGACAGAUCAAGGAACGUAUGGGAACUGCCACCGUCAACAACAAGCCUACUGUGCAAGUUGGUCAGGGCCAGGGAGUUCAACCUGGCUCUUCCGGCGGCUGCUGUUAGGCGACUGUGCUUGUGGUUCCAGGUGCUGUCCUUCCAACAUGUAACGGCAGAAGGGGAAUUAUGGGAUCCAAGAAGACGAGCUAGAGGGAAGAUGUACCGGCUGCGCCCUAUCACUGGCUGUCUUCUCAGUGCUGGGGUGGAUGCAGACCCUUCAUGCUAGGAAUGGCCAUAGGAAUAGUUUCAUUGUUCAUGCUUUAGAAGGCUUGCGUUUCGUCUUUAUACACUGUCAUACCACAGAUGCACCUACUCCCAUCCCCGCCUGCUUUUUGCUGACUUUUCUUUAGUCUUCACUGCCCAGCCCCCAGUCCGCUU